GGGAACGAGGGGAAAGGGGAAGUUUGGGAGGCAGGCCUCCAGGAAGCUGAUGGGAGAGGGGAGCUGACAGACAGAGAGGCAUCCAGUCUGGGUUGUUUCCUCCAGCAUCUCAACCAGCACAUGCUGAGCUAUGAGCCAAACCAGGGAUUUACAGGGAGGAAAAGCCUUUGGGCUGCUGAAGGCCCAGCAGGAAGAGAGACUCAAUGAAAUCAACCAGCAAUUCCUGGAUGAUCCCAAAUACAGCAGUGAUGAGGACCUGCCCUCCAAACUGGAAGCCUUUAAGAAGAAAUACAUGGAGUUUGACCUGAAUGAAGACGGAGGUAUCGAUAUCAUGUCCCUGAAGCGAAUGAUGGAGAAACUUGGGGUCCCCAAGACCCACCUGGAGCUAAAGAAAUUAAUCAUGGAGGUAUCCAGUGGCUCUGGGGAGACUUUCAGCUACUCUGACUUUCUCAAGAUGAUGUUGGGCAAGAGAUCUGCCAUUCUAAAAAUGAUUCUGAUGUAUGAAGAGAAAGCAAAAGAACAGGAGAAGCCAACGGGUCUCCCAGCCAAGAAAGCUAUCUCUGAGUUGCCCUGAUUUGUGGUGAGGGAGAUGUGGUGGGAUUGAAGGGGCUUCUAAUGACUCCAACAUAGAAAAUGAAGACAAAAUUGUGAACCAGAGCCAAACUAACUUAAAUAAAUUAUCCUCCUUCAGAUGAA